UAUUCCCAAACAUUCGAGAAUGACAAUCAACUUUGUUUUAUUUUACAAAAGAGGGGAAGAGGAUAGAUUAAACCAUUCGAUUCCGCAACAAUAUUUUCAUCCAGAAAUUCUACCUAAAUUAAGUCGAGAACGACUCGAAUCAUUUCCUUUGAAAAUUUUACCUUUGAAUCCGAAAGAGGAGAUUGUAAGAGAUUGCAGGAGAUUUAUUCCAUUGCUGGAAGCAUGCAGAAACCAAAAAUACCGUUUGACACCUCAGACUGAAGUAUAGAUAUUAAAAAAACUGCUUACUUUUGGUAUUUGCAACGUUGACCGUAAAAUAUCUCGAAUAUAUGCGAAAUUAGAAAUAAUAAGUUUGUGACGACCUAACGAUCCUCAGGGGCCUUGGUAUCUCCUCUCAUUAUUACAUUUCCGUGCGAGCGAUUUGUUAGCGACAUCCAGUGACAGUAAUUGUUGCAAUUGCUUGAACUCCUUGGAGAUUGUCUCCAAGUAUAAAUACAAGUUUUGCGUGCAUAUUAUUAUAGUUCUGCUUUUGCUAACAAACAUGAGCAGGUUUGUGGUGUUUUUAUUUGUUACGAGCCUCGUGGCUGCGGUGACUCCUCAGCAGGGGAUGCAGAUACCGCCAGUGAUGGGGGGCAUGAGUGUUGGACAAUAUGAUGGAAUGGGCGGAGGUAUACAAAGUGGCCGUGGGGGUGCUAUGAUGGGGUCAUAUGGGGCAAAAGAAGAGCAAGGAGGCAACAUGGGUGGGAUGAAUGAUAUGAGACAGAUGGGUGGGACGGGACGAAUGAGACGCGUAUCUGAAGAUGACUUGAAAAAAAGCAACAAGGAAAAUCCUCAAGUUCUGAAUGAAAAGGCGAUAAAAUCGGAGAGGGAUAAACUCUCUGCAGAGAGGAAUGACACAACAAAAAAUGACACAGCUCACGCUGCAAUCCAAGGGAGUGGCAUUGAAAGAUUGAAUGACACCCUCCCGAAUGAUAACAAUGGACGUCAGAUGGAGGUGGCGAACGGUAAAGAAAAUAAUACGACCGAUUCAAAUGGACAACAGACAACAGGAUCUCCACGCAGACACCGACGACAAACCACUGGCAAUUCUAAGGAAAUUGGUACCCUGGGAUAUGGUGGAGAUUAUGGAGACGAUUGGGGCCAUGGUGGUCAUGGAGGACAUGGCUGUGAUGAUAAGUGGGAUUAUGGUCAUGGAAGCUGGUCGAGCAGAAAGCAGGAAUCCUCAAAAAAAAUUUAAUCAGUUCUCGUUGGCCCGAAGACUCUUCUAAUAGUCGAUUACCCAUUGUCAAAACAAUUGACAUGUGAAUAAAUGAAUGAAAAUCUGUUGAACAA